CCCGAUCUGGUAGCUUCGGGCUAUAAAUAAGUCGACUUGGAUUGAGAAGUCAGAACAGAAGCCCUUCAACCGCGAAAAUGAGUAAACCGAUUGACGCACCACUAGCUAUUCUUGUCCUGAGCCUGUUGGCACUGAGUUCCGCGGAACCAAUCCGCCGGAGAUUUCCGGUUCGCCAGGUGGAGGACAUACCCAGUCCUUUGCCCACGGGAUAUCCGGAGGCCGGCAUCACUCCGAGUGUCCCCUUCGAUUUGCCAAGUUCGACAAUCAAGCCGGAGAACUCUUAUCUGCCGCCUGAUAACACUUAUGGACCUCCAGACAACACAUAUGGGCCACCAGAUAACACUUACGGACUUCCAGAGGCCGACUCCGUGCCGGUUAUUGCUCCCGAGGCUGAAUCGCAGCCAGAGAAUCCCAUCGAGACUGAUGAUAUUCCAGAAACUGACGAACCAUCGGUGGACGGUGCCAGGCUGCAGCCCGCUGAUGAGGACGCCGAGGAGGAUGAACCACAGUUGGAAGUUGCUGAGGAUGGCACUGUGAUUGUUGUAGCCAGCAGUCUUGACCAGCCUCAGCCCGUUCAGCCCGCACGCCUCUACCAACGAUUUCCUCAAGGACGGCGUUCUCAGAAGCCCGUUUCUCAGCGUCUAAUCCUGCGUCGCAGUAGGUAGGCUUAACAACUUUGGCGUAAGACUUUACUGCAUCAGACUUUAUCAAUCACUUAAUAAUCACUGCAUCAAAAAAUUAGAUGUUAGAUCUAUUCUUGUGACAUCAUUCGGGCACCGUACACCGAAAAAUGUAUUCACAUA